AUGAUAGAGUCAAGCUCAGUUACAAAUGAUUUCGAUUCUUUAACACAUGAAGAUUUGCUGGAAAUAUCCCAAAGCAGUCUAAAAAGAUUGAUAACAACUGACACCUUACUACGGGAUUUACCGGUUGAUGUUACAGUCGAAGAGGUUACAUCUCAGAUUGCUUUGCUUCAAGGUCAAAGCAUAACAGUAACAGUUUAUCGAUAUUCAGAGAGUUCAUUAAAUGUAGUUAUACCCCAGCAAGGAGCAACUGUUUUAGACUUACGUAGAGCAAUUCAAAGGUGUUACACCUUGAAACAACAACGGCAACGUAGCAAAACGAAAAUCAGUUGGAAAUAUAUUUGGAAAACGUAUUAUUUGCAAAACGUUGAUACCAGACAGGUUUUGAGGGAUCACAAAAAAUACGUGUCUGACUAUGGAGUGCAAAACAGAUCUGUAGUAAGAUUCGUGAAAAAGUUGCGCAAAGAAAAUCCCUUUGAAAACAAUGUUUAA